CAAUCCUCAAUAUUUGGGCGACCUGUUCAUGCAGAAUGCAUCCAGCGAAGCCUCCCACCCGCUGGUCUUACUGGCUGGAGAUGCUUGUAACUGACAACACGCCCUGAACCGACUAACCAAUGUAUUCACAGGAGAACCUCAUCUUUUUUCUGCGGGCAGCCACAUCCCAAAACAUGCUUCCCCACCCCCGGCAUCGGUAGGGAAGCUCAUCACUGAUCAGCUCGUAGCACCCUGAAGACCAGCUCUUUUGAGAGGUUUUGUGUCGAGUUCGCAUUUUGGGGUUCAUUUGCUCACCAGCCAAGCUUGCUCCGUAUGAUGAUGAAAAGGCGUCGUGUGCUACGGUAGCUCUUCGGGAAGAAAUUUCGGGAGCAGUAAUUUUGCGACAAGUUCAUUGCGGAGGGGCUAUUUAAAGACGCUAUACGAAGUUGUGCAGGGGAUAUAUAGUUCAUGCCUAAGGACAAGCUGCUCCUCAAACCUUUCUUCUCUUUUAUAAUUCUGUCUCUUACUUGGAAGAAAUCUCACUUUAUCAACUGGAAGCUAGCUAGAUCUUGUCGUGGAAAUAGAUUGACUAUUCAUUUUUGCACAAUGGCCCCAUCGAUCCUUGAAAACGAUACCUUUGCUCCUUACCAAAGCAAUACAUCCUCUUCAAAGUCCGUGCUACACGAGCCUGCUAACCAUGUGCCUUCGGAAAUCGGCCAUCUCGAGCUGGUUCUAUCUGAAGGCCCGGAAACCCUCGAACAUAUUUUGACGACGAACACAAACGGAGCCGUCCGUCAUGGAAACCAUGCCGGUGCUGACAACACUUUUAAAAUCCUCCAGCUGGCUUGGGCUCUCACCACCUGCUGUUUCACCUCCGCGAAUUCCCUCUUGUUCGACUGGGAUCCAAAUUCGGGCGUCUCAUGUUUGAAGGCACUCUCAACUGGGCAGGGAUCGCAAUUCGGCAAUCGAUUAUUAAGUAUUGAACCAGAUGACAGUUUGCCACAAGUUCUGCGCAAACUAGCCACGCUACAACGCGGAGCUGUUGAAUACGCUUCAUCGAAACAAAACGGGAGUUCCGAUGCUGAGAUUUCACCAGACUUAUUCGCAACUGCCUUUCGCUAUCAAAAUGCUUCAACUCUAAAUUCGGAAAAGAAUUCCGAGGCCGACGUUUUCCUUGACAUUACCCAUGCAAAAGACGGCCAAUUGUUUGCCCAACUCGCUUUUUCGAAGCAGACUAUCUCCGAACCACUUGCGUUAAGUGUCCUACAUACGUUCAACCAUGCCUUAACAUCUAUACGUAUGUCACCGGAUAUAACAGUGGAGGAAGUCAACAUGUGCUCAGCGCACGAUCGACAACACAUUACCCAACUCACUAGUCAUGUUUCUGAGUCCAACGAACGUUGCCUCCAUGACAUGGUUCUUGAGCAUAGCCGCACGAAUCCUGACGCUAUGGCCGUGGUUUCAUGGGAUGGUGAUUUGACUUACGGAGAGUUGGAUGAUCUGACAUCGAGACUUUCCCAUCAUCUUGUUGAUCUAGGCGUGGGACCCGAAGUUUUCGUCCUUAGCUGUUUCAAGAAAUCAACUUGGGCCAUUGUGUCGAGGCUUGCAAUCCUACGAGCUGGUGGUGCAUAUAUCUCGAUAGAUGCAGCUGACCCUCCAGCGUAUUUAAAUUCCGUCAUCCAGCGCGCUAAUGCUAAAAUCAUGCUCACUGUUGCCGAAUUCUCUAGCCAAUUCCAAGGCCUAGUUCCAAACAUCGUCGAGCUAUCCAAGGAGGGAAUCCUGAGUCUUCCCAAACAGGUGGAACCAGCUUGUACGACUGUACGACCAAACAAUGCGUGCUUGAUUUUGUUCACUUCGGGUAGCACUGGGGAACCGAAAGGGAUUAUCCAGGAGCACCGGACCUAUGCCACGGCCGUCCGAGAUUAUUCGAGGAUCUUGGGGCUCAAUGCAGGAACUAGAAUGUAUCAGUUUGACGACUAUGCUUUCGACAUCAGCAACAAUGACUACCUCGUACCACUUUCCGUUGGCGGAUGUUGCUGCGUUCCACAUCCGCAGAAGGCCAUUCAUGUUUUGACAAGACAUAUGAACGACUUGGGUGCAAAUAUAUCGUUUCUUACACCGACAGUUGCCAUUCAAUUGGGUCCGGAGGAUGUUCCAGGCCUCAAAAUACUCUGCAUCGGCGGUGAACCGCCUUCGAACGACCUAUUGUCGAAAUGGGCUGGGAAGGUAAAACUUGUUAAUCAGUAUGGCAUGGGCGAAGUCGCUACGUUUUGCACGUACAACGAUGACAUGAGCCCUGGUAGCGGAACCAACGUCGGGCGCACUGGGACAGGCGCCGCUUGGGUUGUCUCCCCCUCGUGUCCGGACCGCCUCAUGCCUGUCGGCGCUGUCGGAGAAAUGAUAAUGGAAGGCCCUCAUCUUGCUCGCGGGUAUCUUGACCAGAUAUCCAGAAAAUCCGAAGCCGGAUUCUUACAGUGUACGCCGAAAUGGCUCCAUGAGCUGCAUCCCGAGAGAGCAUCCUCAGCCAGACUAUAUAGGUCUGGCGAUCUUGUAAAAUACAACCACGACGGUACCCUAACCUACGUCGGACGAAAAGACACUCUUUUGAAGAUUGAUGGCGGCAGGGUCGACGCUAUCGAGGUUGAAUACACUGCGAGGAAAUGCCUAUCACCCGAAGACUCCAUUGUUGUCGACUUACUUGGCGCCAUAGACGGCGUCGAAAGUCCCAUUCUUACCGCCUUUCUUUACCUUGCAGACAAUCCAAUGAACCUGAGCAGCAAGGCUUGGCCCAACGAACCAAUUACCUUCCGAACAAUUAACGAAAACCACAGCGCAUAUUCGAAAGUCGAAUUGAUCAAGAAGGCGAUUGGUGCUACUUUACCAGAAAUUCAAAUCCCCACGCUCUUCCUGCUCGUCGAUCGAAUACCGCGCACGAAAUCAAACAAGACCGAUCGACGAAAGUUGCACAUGUUAGGCCAGAGCUACUACAUGCCCAAGAGAGAAGUGUUCAGCCCAGGAGCCAGAGAUGGAAUCCCGAAGCCAGCCACUCACAUUCCUCCAAAGGAAGUUCCUGUAAGCAACGGCCAUGGCGUAAACGGGGCAAAGAAACGACAGGUUAAAAACUCAACGGUAACAUCUAUUUGGCGAAAAUUUUGGAAUAUUGUCCAUUUUGUACGUUGAGGAAAAAGAGCUAUCCGGGGAAAAGGAGGGCCUUAUUCAAAGUCUCGGGGUUGCCGACGAGUUAAGUUCACUUACUGUAUUUUUUCUCUCCUCGCAUGUUUCCUAUUCCUUACCCUAUUCCUUGUCAUUUUCUCAUUUACCUUUCCCUGCAAAAUGCUGUUCUAUCUAGAAAAAUGGGUUUGUAAAUCCUAAGAAAUAUCUAUGAGGCAGCUCAUACGCAAAUAUUAUAUUAUAUAACAGAGUAAUAUACUAGAAUAGCAUGGGUUUUUCUCAAACAUAUACUCAAUUAGGGAUUCCACAACGGCCAUACAACACCGAAACUAUAUGCUCCCUAGUCAUAUCCUAGUCCUAAAAAUCCUAAAAAUUAGUAGUCUCUCGCCAUCCUCAUUCGCCUCCGCAACGAGAGCAAACCCACAUUUCUCCAACACAUUAGUAGAAGCAAAGUUUUCCGGAUCAACCUGCUCUCCCUAGAACCUAUCCACGAACGCGGAGACUGCUUCAGUUGCAUAUCCUUCCUCAUGCAGAGGGGUGAAAGAUGUAACCCAGCUCCGCAACUAGGUCGGAGCCAUGCGGCCCACGACACCAAUCAUGGUCAUUGGUGGAUUCUCAGUGGAUGCGUCUUCACUGGGAUUGAUACUGAAAUCUCCAGGCUCAGACAGCUGCCCAUCUGUAGUAGCCGUGAUUGUUGUAGCAGGAAUGGUUGUGGUCCUUGACAUCUUGUCCGCUACAAGAGCAGACGGUGAAACAGAGUCGCGGGGAGAUUCGAGAGGCUCCGAGGAAGGGAGGAGGUAGACAGCGAACGUUUCUCCGCGAGGGUUAUUCUGUCGUAAGACGCCAGACAUGAAUUGCUAUCUUCGAGGUCUUGCUGACGCCGCGGGGAAGAUAGGAGAACACCAAGACACGGGGACACAAAUGGUGUUAGUCAUAUUGACUAGGAUUCAUUUCUUGUUUGUGUGUUGCAAUUGUGGGCAUUGCUCUUGUUUUUGUUCUACUUUCCUGUUAUUUUCCUUUUUCUUGCU